UCACAACUUACCAAAUACAAAGAUUUGAGUGUCAAAAAUUUCCGCUUCCUUUGGCUAGCUGCUCAACUGGCUUAAUUUGAUAAAACAAGAAAACAAAAAUGGAAGGUGAUAUCAAUCAACAAAGAUCCUAUUCCUCUCCAUCAUCACACUUGGAUCAGGGAGCAUCUUCUACUCAACAACAACCACAUGUAUCAAACUUGAAAUCUGUUAGUUUAACAAAUCACAGACAAGUAGCUAAUGCAGGAGAUGCAAGCCUUCAGGCCCUAAGGCCGCUUUUCGUUAAAAUUCGGUCUUCUUUAAGCUCUCUUCUACCAGAUUUGGCUAAUUACUGGAGCGCAGCAAGGACACCACAAGGAGAACUGGAGAAGAUAGUGUCAGAGGAACCAAGCUCAAGAGAAAGAACAUUAGAUGAAUACCGUGCCCUGUGUGGUCCCCUCCUUCAAGCUGCCUUAAAGGGUGAUUGGCCGGCUGCUGAGGCUUUUCUUAGGCAAUACCCAUACUGUGUUCGAGUUCCCAUAUCGAAACAGCGUGAUACCGCACUACACAGUGCAGUGGCCGUAAAAGGCACCUCUUUUGUAAAAGAACUGUUGAAACAGAUGAAUCCCGAUGAUUUGGAAUUAAGAAACAUAAAUGGAGUUACAGCCCUUCACGUUGCUGCUCAAACGGGAGAUGUAAGAAUCGCCAAGGAGAUGGUGGAAAAGAACAAACAACUUCCAUUGAUAAUUAAUAGCCAAAGAAUGAAACCGGUUCACGUUGCAGCUCAUCUAGGACACACACACAUGGUGGAUUAUCUAUUCUCUGUGACUUCUUUUGAGAAGUUCAAUACUGAUGAACGCAUUAAUCUCCUUCAUUUUACUGUUUCGGCUGGUUUUUACGGUAUUGCAUUGGAAAUUCUGACAAAGGAUCCGAACUUAGCAAAUGGCGAUGCUGGCACUGAAUUUAGGCGAAGAGCUUUGGCAGAGUUGGCCAGAAAACCUUUUGUCAUUGGCCGCCAAAGUCGGCUAUCAUUAUGGAAAAGGCACUUAAAUUCCUGGCACAAAGGGAUAUAUCACAAUGAUUUGAUGGGGACACUUGCCCAUCAAUUAGUUGAACGGCUCUGGAACAUGGUCAAUGAAGUGCCAAGGGAACGUUUUUCAUCAAAAUUGGUUCAUGAUCAUAUGACUUUACUUGUUGAAGCUGCAAAAGUAGGAAAUGUUGAAUUUCUAAUUAUACUUGUACGCUCUUAUCCUGAUCUCUUAUGGCAAGUAGAUGAAGAUUAUGGGAGUUUGUUUCAUGUUGCUAUUUCAUAUCGGCAAGAGAGUGUAUUCAAUCUAAUAGAUGAGAUAGGUAGCAUGAAGGAAAAUUUUACAACCUAUAUUGCCAAAGGUAAUAACAACAUGUUGCACUUUACUGGAAAAUUGGGUGCUAAUUCAGAUCGAUUAACGUCAGCCCUUCAAAUGCAACAGGAGUUGCUGUGGUUUAAGAAAAUAGCAAAGAUUGUGCCGCCUUCAUAUGUGAACAUGAAGAAUUCCGACAAUGAAACACCUAGCGAUAUAUUUAUAAAGGAGCAUCAAGAGUUGUAUAAAAAAGGUGAAAAGCGGAUGAAGGAAACAGCAAACUACUGCAUGCUUGUGGCAACAUUGAUUGCUACUGUGGUUUUCGCUGCAGCCUUCACUGUACCCGGUGGCAAUGAUCAAAUAACAGGGAAACCUCUUCUUUUGAAUAGUAAUUCAUUUACGGUAUUCUUCAUAUCAAAUGCCAUAGCAUUGGUCUUCUCUUCAACUUCAAUCUUAAUAUUCUUGUCAAUUCUUACAUCACGUUAUGGAGAUGAGGAUUUUUUCAAGUCAAUACCUUUAAGGUUACUGUUUGGACUUGCUGUACUCUUCGUUGCUAUAGCAGGCAUGGUAAUAGCCUUCAGUGCAACCUUGUUUUUGGUAUAUUACAGCAAAGCAGCAUGGGCUCCGAUUGUUAUUACUUCUUUGACUACUAUCCCAAUAAUUAUCUUUGUUCUAGCACAUUUGCAACUUUAUGUUGAUACAAUUCACUCAACAUACUGGUCUAGAUUUCUUUUCCAGUCACACAAACGUAAAAUUUUCUAGUGGAAGAUGCUGAUUGGGAAAUUGAUGAAUAGAAAAUAUUGUCAGAGGUGAUCGAGGGGUUUGAGCAAGGAUGCCCAGGGAAAGAAUAGAGCAAAUCAAGACUUUGAAUUUUUCAUUUGGUUAUUUCCAUUAGGACUUU